AUGAUGUUGGGCGAGGAGUCUUCCUCGGCCGACUAUUGGAAACAAUGUGGUGACGAGGCCCUCCGCAAUGGCAUCAAGGGAGUUAUUCUCAUGGGCGCCCAUUGGGAUUGUUUUGGUGAUCAAAUUCAGGUUUCAACGAACCCUAACCCGGGCAAGAGUCCUGUCGCGUACGUUCAUCCGUCGAAGUACGUCGACUACAAGCUCAACAACGAUUUGAAGACCGCACAACGGUGCAUUGACCUACUCGACGAGGCCGGGUACAACGUUAGUGGUAACGACACCUUCGACUGGAUUCACGAUACAUAUCUUAUCUUGAUCCGGAUGUUCCCCAACGGUUGCCCGCCAUCCACCAUCAUCUCUAUGAACGCCCGUUAUGACCCACAUUUCCAUAUGAAGGUGGGCUCGACCCUCCGUCAGCUGCGUAAGGAGAACUAUUUGAUUAUCGGAACUGGUGGUGCAGUUCAUAACCUGUACCGCAAUCGCUGGGCCCCUAUGCUUCGCUUCCGCGACAACUUCGCCCAGGAUACGCCCCCGGAGCACUGGGCCCUAGAGUUCCGACAAUCCGUCGAGGAUGUCUUCACAAAGACCUCGGGGCCGCAAUUACGACGCGCAAUGACGCGGCUAAUGAAGCAUCCGGAGUACCGCGAUGCGCAUGCGACAGAUGAUCAUUUCAUGGCUGCCAUGUUCGUUGCGGGCGCAGCGGGAGAUUUCGAGGAUGAGGGAACACCUGCCGUUCUGGCGACUGAGACGUGGGAACUCACGAAUAUGUGUAAUUCUCAAUUUACUAUUGGCUCCUGGCCAAAGGUGGCAGCAUAA